AUGGCAUCGGUGCACUACAUUGUGCAGGAGACGGCUUUCAACCAAUUGCUGAUUCCCGAGAAGAGUUGGAAUUUCAUUGGUGAAGAACAGAAAGCCACCAACACAUGUGAGCCGCAGCAAAAGGCCGAGGUACAUUCCGUAGACCACCACGACGGUAUCCUCGAUGACGUUUCGCGAUUCGUGUUCGUAUCCUUUCUCGCCAUCAUCGUCACAACCUGGCUGUGGCGUCGGUAUUAUGAACAUGCCGGGGACCCCAGCAGCAAACUGCCCCUCCCCCCAGGGUCCAUGGGCUUUCCAUUGUUGGGCGAGACACUCUCCUUAAUAACUAAAGGCUCUGACUACUACCUGUCUCGGCGGCAACAGUACGGCCAUGUAUACAAGACUCACCUUCUCGGACAACCUACCAUCAGAAUCAUCGGAGCUGAAAAUGUUCGCCAUAUUUUGAUGGGUGAGCACAUCACUGUUGAGAGCAACUGGCCUAAAGCACUCAAACGUCUAAUGGGACCCGGUGGACUACUAAACGCAUGUCCUGACAGCCACAAGAUCAGGAAGAAGCUACUCCUCCGGGCUUUAGCUCCUGCAGCUAUACAAGGACAUGUCCCAAGAAUUCAACAACUUGUCAGAAACCAUAUUUUGGACUGGUGCAAUAAGGGAGAGCAACUGGGGACAGAUGUUUGCAAACGUUUGUCGAUGUCUCUUGCUGCCAACAUCCUUAUUGGAUUUGACGUUGACAAUCACAACCUGGAGGCAAUAAUCAGCUCUUUCCAGACUUUCACUGGCAACUUGUUUUCACUGCCAUGGGAACUACCUGGGUCAGGAUUGUCCAAGGGUCUGAAAGCAAGAGAACAGCUCAUAAAUGAAAUCAAGAAAAGACUUAACAGAGAAACACAAGAAUGGUCCCUCGUUGACGAACUGAAGAAUCUUGAUGAAACGGCUGCCGCACUCACCGCAGACCAAAUGGCAGAUGCAGUCUUGGAAUUAUGGUUCGCAGGAAACGACACUAGUUCCAGCACGUCAACUUCAACACUACUGGCUUUAGGUAACGAUGAUGGUGUUCGAAAACAAAUCGAGGAAGAACUGGAAGAGAAUGGACUAUUAAGUUCUGAAGAAGAGCUGACUUUUGACAAUUUAAAGAAGCUGACCUACGUUGAUCACGUGGUGAAGGAGGUGCUCAGAGUGUAUCCGCCUGUUGGUGGCGGCUUCAGGAGGGUGAAGAAGACAAUGGAGAUUGAGGGCUACCAGAUUCCAGAGGGCUGGUCAGUCAUCUACAGCAUCCGAGACACUCAUCAAACCACUGAACUCUUUGAAGACAAUGAAGAAUUUAAACCUGAACGCUGGAAUGAAAUGAAGAAGAAGACACGUGUGAGUGCCCAACGAUUCCACUACAUUCCUUUUGGAGCAGGUGGUCGUGCAUGUCCAGGAGAAAAGUUUGCAAGGAUGUUUCUGAAAAUCUUCAUUGUGGAACUCAUUAGGACAUGCUCAUGGGAUCUAAAGAACAAAACCCCUAAGAUUUCCUACUUCCCAGUAACAAAGCCUUCCGAUAAUCUCCCUGUGAUCUUUCACCUUCGUGAGGACUUUAACAAGAAUGUUGGACAUCCUUGAAUUGAUAAGCGUUGGUGAUUUAAUUGUUGACUGUAAGUUAUUGUUUUCAGGAGAGGAGAACUAUAGAUUGUGGAGACAAGUCUAAGCUUACAUCAUCUGUUGGCUACCUUUUUGCCCGCCUACAAAAAAGUGUUCAGCUAACAAAUAGUUGAAGUAAACACACGAGUCUUGGACAAGUCUAGAUUCACAGUUUGAAAAAUCAUGUUACCACAAAUCAUACAUCACACAAUAAUCUCCGAACUGUAUUGUUUUGUUCACUUAUUGAUCUUGGUAAGUGCUGAAAUUGCUAUAUUUAUCUAUUUAUUUGUGCUAUAACAUUAAGUGCUUACAUUUAUGAUACUACAUUCUUGAUCUGGCUUUUCUGAUCAUGUCACGGUACAAGCAGUUGAAUGCUCACAUUGAGCAAGUACGUAAGGAAUAGCACUGAGAACAACGCAACAAUACCAACCACUUACCAUGAUGCAACGACAUUAACAAUGUUGCCAAUCUGCAAAGAUGUGUUCUAAUUUUCAUUGUGUUCACUUUAAUUUGAAUUGAUACGAUUUCAUAUCCUUGUAUACCCUUUGUUACGAGUUAACUGCCUACCUUCUUUCUUCUCG